UUAAUCAAGUCAACUAACAAUGGGAAAUACUGCGUUAAUCAUUUGGGUGUCUCUCUUGCGCCUGGUAGGAUUCACUCAGUGCUAUGGAGGCAGAGACUUCAACCCAAUUAAACUCCUAAGGCAGGAAUUAUCAGAGCAGAUGUCAUCUGAUGUAUCAAAGUGGCCAACUACGUUCAGCCUGGAAACAGAUGCGGGGCAGUUCUCACCUGUUUAUAUAGGCCCACAAGGAGGCCUAAGGGAAGUUGAUAAAAUCGGAAGUUUGCCCGGACAACCUGGUGAGGUGGAUUUUGAUCAGUAUUCAGGUUACGUGACCGUUGAUCCUGAAGCAGGCAGGGCAUUGUUUUAUUAUUUCGUGGAGUCACCUCACCAUUCUUCUACUAAGCCGCUGGUUCUAUGGCUUAAUGGAGGGCCUGGUUGCUCUUCAAUUGGAAAUGGAGCUAUGAUGGAACUUGGCCCAUUUAGAGUUAAAAAUGAUGGGAAAAGCCUACGUCGAAAUAGAUAUGCAUGGAUUAAGGAUGCCAACAUCAUCUUCUUAGAAUCUCCUGCUGGUGUUGGCUUCUCUUACUCAAAUAGAACCUCAGACUAUAAGUCGAGUGGAGAUAAAAGAACUGCCCAAGAUUCCUACACCUUUCUUGUUAACUGGCGGGAAAGGUUUCCCGAAUACAAGACCAGGGAAUUUUUUAUCACAGGAGAAAGCUAUGCAGGCCACUACGUACCCCAGCUUGCUCACACUAUCCUUCAAAACAACAAGUACACCAAUCAAACUAUAAUCAAUCUAAAAGGCAUUGCAAUAGGUAAUGCUUAUAUUGAUUUUGAAACAACUAUGAAAGGAGCAGUGGAUUUCUAUUGGACGCAUGCGCUCAUGUCAGAUGAAAUAUACAAUGGACUUGCAUCCAACUGUGAUUAUUCUACACUAAAUUUAUCAUCCAAAGAAUGCCUGGGAUUUGUUGAUAAAGCAAAUGAUGCUGCUGGCAACAUAUAUACCUAUGACAUCUAUGCUUCCUUGUGCAAUUCCUCCUCAAGUUCCAAUUCUGUUUCUGCAUUUGACCCCUGCUCAGAGAAUUAUGUCCAUUCCUACUUGAACAAUCCAGAAGUUCAAAGAGCACUUCAUGCAAAUGUUACUGCUCUUCCUUAUCUAUGGGAAUCCUGCAGUGGAGAAGUAAAUCGACACUGGAAAGAUAAACCAUUAACAGUGUUGCCAAUCAUUAAGGAACUAAUGGAAAGUGGGAUUCGCGUUUGGAUCUACAGUGGUGACACGGAUGGUGCCUUGCCUGUAACAUGUAGCAGAUAUGCCAUAAACAAAUUGGGGACACCCAUUAAGACUGCCUGGUACCCUUGGUACACACAAGGGGAGGUUGGAGGGUAUGCUGUUGGAUAUCAAAACCUGACAUUUGUAACUGUAAGAGGAGCUGGGCAUUUUGUUCCAAGUUACCAGCCAGCUCGGGCCCUGGUGCUCUUCUCGUCCUUCUUAGACGGAAAGCUUCCACCAUCCACGUAGAAGGUUCGACCAUUGAGAGAAUGGCAUAUGUUGUACUAUUUUUUAAAUUAUUACUACAUCAUGUCAGCUGGAUAUGUUCUGUUAACUUUGUGACAAA